AACGCCAGCGUGACACUCGUUUUCCUCCUUGCGUGUCAUUUGGACGUUUUGACAACUCCAAGCGCUAGGUUGAAAUGUCAGAUUUUGGAGCAUUUUGAUACUCGCUCUUCAUGUGACAGCAGAGUGCCCAGUCGUUGAUCUUUCAAGACAGUGGUGUCCGCGACCUGACGACUGGAACGGUGGUUGUCUCACCGUGAGCUCGAGAAACUGAAGACGCGCUAAGAAGAGGUUAGGUCUAUACCAUAGGUCUAACCAUGGUGAAUCUACGCGAUCUCCAGAUAAAUGCGUUGAAGCAGAUGCUAAAUCUAAAUGAGCCCGAGUCGCGACUCGAGGAGGCGGUGCCGACGUGGAAGAUUCUUGUCUAUGAUCGCUUGGGCCAGGACAUCAUAUCGCCGCUCAUCUCCGUGAAGGAGCUGCGCGAACUCGGCAUCACAUUACAUUUGCAACUUCACUCGGAUCGCGACUCUAUCCCUGAAGUACCAGCGAUCUACUUCUGCGCGCCUACCGACGAGAAUCUCGGGAGGAUUGGGCAGGACCUGCAGAACAGUCUUUACGAUAUCUACCACUUGAACUUCAUCUCGCCGAUAUCGCGGCAGAAGAUGGAGGAUUUGGCGGCCGCGGCGCUGCUCGGCGGCGUGGUCUCCAGUAUCCACAAAGUGUUCGACCAAUAUCUCAACUUCAUCAGCCUGGAGGACGAUUUGUUCGUGCUGCGUCAUCAGAACAGCGACGUGAUAUCCUACCAUGCGAUCAAUCGCGGUGACGUCAAGGACAGCGAGAUGGAUUGCGUGAUGGACUUGAUUGUGGACUGCUUAUUCUCAAUGUUGGUUACUCUAGGCACUGUACCCAUCAUCCGUUGUCCGCGCGGCAACGCCGCCGAGAUGGUUGCCAAGUUAAUCGACAAAAAGCUCCGCGAGAACGUGUGGGACGCGCGUAAUAACUUGUUCGAGGGAGAGGUCGGCGCUAGCGGGCACUACAGCUUUCAGCGGCCUCUGCUCAUCGUGCUAGACCGCAAUGUGGACAUGGCUACACCGCUGCAUCACACUUGGACGUACCAGGCGUUGGCACACGAUGUCUUGGAGAUGGCACUGAACCGACUAGUCGUGGAGGAGAACGUGGGUCGCUCACCUGCUGGCGGCACGCGUUCCAAGACGCGCGCCUACGAGUUGGACAGCAGAGACCGAUUCUGGUGCGAGCAUAAGGGCAGCCCCUUCCCCAGAGUGGCUGAGGCGAUACAGGAAGAAUUAGAACAAUAUCGCACCUUCGAGGAGGACGUGAAAAAGCUCAAGUCUUCCAUGGGCAUCGAUAACGAGAGCGAGCUUGCGUUAUCCAUGGUGUCGAACAAUACGGCGCGAUUGACCAGUGCGGUCAACUCGUUGCCGCAGUUGCUUGAGAUGAAGCGUCUCAUCGACAUGCACACCUCGGUCGCCACCGGCAUUCUCAACGCAAUCAAGUCGCGCCGGCUGGAUACUUUCUUCGAGCUCGAGGAGAAGAUCAUGAGCAAGCAGACGCUCGACAGAAGCGUGCUGGAGACCAUCGCUGAUCCGGACUGCGGCACGCUCGAGGACAAACUGCGUCUCGCUAUGAUCUACUACAUAUGCACAAACAUGUCCGACACAGACUACAGCAAAUUGGAGGCCGCGCUCACCGCAGCCGGUUGCGACUUGAAUCCCUUGAUCUAUAUCAAGAGACUGCGCAGCUACACCAGGAUAGCUGAGAUUCAGAGCAACUACGAGGGCGGUGGUACCAAGACGGUCAGCAUGUUCUCCAAGCUGAUGAAUCAGGGUUCGUCCUUCGUGAUGGAGGGCGUGAAGAAUCUGGUGGUGAAGAGGCACAACCUGCCCGUUACCAAGAUAGUCGACGAGCUGAUGGAGUCCAAACAGUCCUCCCGCACCGAGGAUUACUGCUAUUUGGACCCGAAGCAGCUCAAGCAUACCGAGCAGAUGCCGAAGAACAGGCCGACCUUCCAAGAGGUAAUCGUGUUCAUCGUGGGUGGUGGUAACUAUAUCGAGUAUCAGAAUCUGCUGGAUUACGUGAAGCAGCGCAGUGGCGCCGGCGUCAACAAGCGGGUGAUCUACGGUUCCACGUCCUUUAUCAAUGCCAAGCAAUUGCUUAAACAACUUUCUCUUCUCGGUCAGGAAGUCCACUCGUGAACGCAUUUCUCACCCCUCGAUUACCGUACUUUUCCUCCUUCUCUCCUCUCCUUCCCUUUCUCCCUCUUUUCCUCCUCCUUCGUGGUCAGCCUGUUAUCUCGUAGACGUGCUUUCCUUUGACAAAGUUAUUGACCUCUUGUAAAAAGUGUACGAUAUUAAUAAAGUUCUGUUUGUUAUUUUCAA